AUGCUUCUAGGAUCUCUCGGAUUAUUGACGAUCGCGUUAGUGGCAGCGGCCUCGCUUUAUCCGAUGCUAUUCACCGGGGCUACUGUUUUCGGAGUCACUGAUCCCUUGAUCAAUCAGGAGGAGAUCACGGAUGCCCAUGAAGUUUUUGUCUCAGAUCUGCCUGCAUCACGAAUCCUAUCUCAACCGGUGCGAUUCUCCAUUCAGUGUUUGGUCUUGAUCACUUAUACGAAUCAGUCUGUCACUCAUUCGCUCACCUCGACACGACUGGCCCUGGCUAGACUUCUCCUAUCUGUCGUUCCUCGCUACGUGAUCGCAUCACUGUUCAAUCGGUUACCCGGCAAAUCCACCACGUCUGAUCUGUAUGGGGAACAGUACGUGAAUGUCGGUGUCGCUUUGAUUCAGUUAACCGGAAUCUGUCCGCCCGCUACACGUGAUCGGAAAACCGCAACUGAUCGAACCAAUUCGGGGACCAAACACUCAGUUGUCGCGGAUGAACCAGCUCAGAUUGCGGAUCGGUUGCGAUUGGUCAAUCAUGUGAUUGGGCUACUGGACGCACUUGUUGAUGAGCAGAUUGUACAUACGCAAGGUUCCGAUACAACGAAUAAAGAGGCAACCGAUUCGUUCGCGAAAUCUACGUGCUUCGGGGAUCCGCGACUGGUUAAAGUUUUUGUCGGCGGGACGAUGCUUGGCUACGCGGUCGGCUUAUUGCCGGCUAAAACGAUCCGAGAUCAAUCGACCCGAUCGAAGCAGAUGCUUACCCUGCUCAGUUUUGCUGAACGUGUUCUGGAGAUCUGCGAAGAGGCGAAUGCCAAAACCCGAAUGGCCAAUGGUCUAGUGCACGCGCGUAUCGGUGAGUGCAACUCGUUUUGUGCUACUCGGUUUGUUGUUAGUAGUGUGAACAGAAAACCACAAAUUGGACGGAUGAUCGUUGUUCUCCAAAAAAGGGCUGUCGUUAUCCCGAUCGAUACACUAAGUUUUCGGCAACCUCAUAAAUCAUUUUCAAGAGCAGAGACAUCCCAAUAA